UCUAUAUGGCUCCAAUCAAAAUUGACAAUGCUUUUAAUGUCUGAGCAAUUUUGAGAGGAUUAAUUUAAGUGGACAAGAUGAGUGUCUGGCUAAUCUCUCUGACAAGUAUUGAAAUACUACUUUUGGCAGUGCCUAUCCCGAGUUUUCACAUUGAACCUGAAGAGGGUAGCCUUGCAGGGGGAACGUGGAUCACAGUCAUUUUUGAUGAUUUGGAUGUGGGUCUCCUCUAUCCCACCAAUGGCUCUCAGCUGGAGAUACACCUGGUGAAUGUGGCUAUGCCUGUGCUGCCAAGUAUCCCCUGUGACAUCUCUCCUGUCUUCUUGGAUUUGCCAGUGGUGAUGUGCAGGACCAGAUGUCCGCUGUCUGAAGCACAGGAGGGUCUGUACCACCUGGAAGUGCACUCUGGGGGACAGGUGGCAGGCAGCCCAAGUCCACGACUAGGAGAGAGCUGUACUUUCAAGUUUUCCAGGGCACAGACACCCAUGGUUUACCAAGUUAAUCCACCAAGUGGAGUUCCAGGAAAAGUAAUACAAGUGUACGGCUGGAUUAUCACCGGAAGAUCAGAAACCUUUGAUUUUGAUGCCGAGUACAUUGACAGCCCAUUGAUCUUGGAAGCUCAAGGAGAAAGAUGGGUCACUCCUUGCUCUCUUGUAAACAGGCAGACAGGAAGCCGCUAUCCUUUUCAGGAAGACCACGGUCUUGGGACUCUGCAGUGCCGCGUGGAAGGCAACUACAUUGGCUCCCAGAAUGUUAGUUUCUCAGUGUUUAACAAAGGAAAGUCAAUGGUGCACAAGACUGCCUGGCUGAUCAGUGCUAAACAGGACCUUUUCCUGUACCAGACCUACUCAGAAAUACUCUCUGUGUUUCCAGAGACUGGGAGCCUUGGGGGAAGAACAGACAUCACGAUUACGGGAGACUUCUUUGACAAUCCGGCCCAGGUUACCAUUGCAGGCAUUCCAUGUGACAUUAGACAUGUAUCUCCCAGGAAGAUUGAGUGCACCACUAGGGCUCCAGGAAAAGGUACAAGGCUCAUUGCUCCUCAGGCAGGCAAUCGAGGACUUCUCUUUGAAGUUGGAGAUGCUGCUGAGGGCUUGGACCUGACUGAAGCCACCCCUGGGUACAGGUGGCAGAUUGUUCCUAAUGCCAGUUCUCCAUUUGGAUUUUGGUCAAAGGAAGGGCAACCUUUCAGAGCUCGGCUUAGUGGGUUCUUUGUGGCCCCAGAGACAAAUAAUUACACUUUCUGGAUCCAGGCAGACAGCCAAGCUGUGCUGUAUUUCAGUCGGUCAGAGGACCCAAGGACCAAGGUGAAAGUGGCCUCCAUCAUGGUGGGCACUGCCGACUGGUUUGACUCCUGGGAGCAGAAUGGGAAUGAAGGGACCUGGCAACAGAAGACCCCCAAGUUGGAGCUGUUCGGUGGAGCCAGGUAUUACCUGGAAGCAGAGCAUCAUGGGAGAGCCCCCAGCAAGGGAAUGAGAAUUGGGGUUCAGAUCCACAACACCUGGCUGAAUCCCGAUGUGGUCAGCACUUACCUCCGGGAGAAGCAUCAGAUCCGAACCCAUGCUCAGAGACUUCCGGAAAUCCAGAUGCUGACUGUGUCUGGCAGAGGGAACUUCUUCCUUACUUGGGACAAUGUCUCUAGCCAGCCAAUCCCUGCAAAUGCUACAGCCCAUCAGAUUCAAACAGCCAUUGAGGAGUUACUUGCAGUCAAAUGCAAACUGGAACCCCUUUCAGCUAACCUUCUAUUCCGGCUUGGAUUUGAAGAAGGCCCAGAAGGUUCCAGCUCUGAUGGGGACCUCACUAGUGGGACAGAGCCCUUCUGUGGGAGGUUCAGCCUCUGUCAGCCUCGACACCUUGUCCUCACACCCCCGGCUGCCCAGAAGGGCUACCGGCUAGAUCAGCACACACAUUUGUGCAUGGCCUACAAAGGCCCCGUGAAUAAGAUCCUGAUGGUGACCGUGUCCUUCACAGUCGACUUUCAAAACAUCGUUAAGAAGAACAUCACCUGCAACUGGAGUCUCGAGGGGACCAGUCCCCACAGCUGGCGAUUCACUUGCACUGACCUCUGGAACACUUGUGUGCAUUGCUCCGUGGAUCUGCAGCCGCCUCUGGCAAGCUCCCCAGCGCGGGUUCGUCGGAUUGACCUCCUCCUGCUGUCUCAGGAGCUGGGCGUGUUCUAUGUGGAUGAAAUUAUUAUUGCAGACACAAACCUAACAGUUUCUCAAGCUGAUUCUGGAACAGCUCGCCCUGGUGGGAAUCUGGUGGAAUCACUCUCUGUGGUGGGAUCCCCUCCAGUCUACAAUGUCACGUCGUGGUUGGCGGGGUGUGGCCUGGAGCUCCCGCUCAUCACCGCAAGCUCUGUGCCCACUGAAGGAGCAGAAGAAGGAUCCGGGCUGGUCCAGGUGACAACACAGAGACUACAGAGGACAAGUCCGCCUUUAGGAGGACACUUUCGCAUCCAACUUUCUAACAUAGUGAUUCCUGGUGUCCCUGUGCAUAUUUCAGCUAGUCACCUUCGCAAGCUCUUGCAGAACAAUGCUGACGACUUCACAGCCAGGUACCUCAAUGUCAGUGACUUCGCUGUGAUGGAGGAUCUAAAGUCUUGCUAUGAACAUGUGUGGACUCUCUCCUGGUCCACUCAGAUUGGGGAUUUGCCCAAUUUCAUCAGGGUCUCUGAUGACAAUCUAACUGGAGUGAACCCUGCUGCAACCACUCGGGUGGUGUAUGAUGGUGGAGUUUUUCUUGGACCCAUAUUUGGAGACAUGUUGGUUACUGCCAACCAGUGCACUCAGGUGGUUGUGCAAGUGAAUGACAUACCUGCUCACUGCUCAGGUUCCUGUUCUUUCCAAUACCUUGAAAAGUCGACUCCCCGGGUCCAUUCUGUAUGGUAUUCUCUUGAUGAUGACAUGGACCUGCUGGUUUAUAUUACUGGAACUAGUUUCUCUGAUGACUCCCAGGCCUUGCAGGUUACAGUGAACAAAACAAGUUGCAAAGUUAUUUUCUCAAACCAAACGAAUGUGGUCUGUCAGGCAGACCUGCUACCUGUUGGAGCGCAUCUGAUCUCGAUGUUGGUGAGACCCUCUGGUCGCGCCAUCAAUGCCAGUGGAGGAGGCCUCUUCCUAAAUGUGGAACCCAGAUUGGAUGCUGUGGAGCCUUCCAGAGCUGCAGAGAUUGGAGGGCUCUGGGCCACCAUCCGAGGCUCUAGUUUGGACGAUGUUAGCCUGGUGUUAUUUGGAUCUCAGUCUUGUGCCAUCAACAUCACCACAAGCAAUUCACGAGGAAUUCAGUGCAAAGUUCCACCCAGGGGAAAAGAUGGACGCAUUGUGAAUGUGACUGUGAUCAGAGGGGACCAUUCUGCAGUUCUUCCCAUGGCAUUUACGUAUAACUCUUCUUUAAAUCCAGUGAUCACAUCUCUGAGCAGAAACAGAAGCAACAUAGCAGGAGGUGAGACCCUUUUCCUUGGAAUGGCGCUGCUGGUGAACUACACAGAUUUGGAUGUGGAAGUCCACAUUCAGGAUACCUUGGCUCCGGUUCAUGUGCAAAUGGCUCAGGGUCUGGAGGUGGUGUUGCCCUCGCUGCCAGCUGGUCUCCACAGAAUCUCAGUCUCCAUCAAUGGGGUCAGCGUUUGCUCACAAGGGGUUGAUCUUCAUAUCCACUACAUCACAGAAGUUUUCGGUGUUGAGCCUUGCUGUGGGUCCCUUCUGGGUGGAACCAUCCUCAGCAUCUCAGGAAUAGGGUUCGGCAGGGACCCCGCUUUGGUUUGGGUGCUUGUGGGCAAUCGGUCCUGCGACAUCGUGAACUCAACGGAGAGGAACGUCUGGUGUGAGACCUCGCCCGUGCCCCUGCUGCCUGAUGCGGACGUUCUCACUGUCCCAGCCCCCGUGGAGGUCUGGGCUGGCAACAUGUCUCUCACCCGAGGACCUCCUCCAAGCCUGGUGGGGAAGGGCUUUACCUUCACAUAUGAAGCAGAGGCAACACCAGUGGUCACUUCCCUGAGAGGGGAAAUCACGAACAGCAGCCUGAGGCUCUACGUGGAAGGAAGUAACCUCUCCAACUCAGUGAUCUUUCUGGGGGGCUUGACCUGUGAUCUGGAGACACAGUCUUUUGGGAGCAACACAAGCCUGUCUGGGUGCUCCUUUCCCCUUCACAGUUUGGAGGCGGGCAUUCAUCCUCUCCAAGUACGUCACAAGCAGAUGGGGUUUGCUAACAUGUCUGCGGUGCCCCAGCAAUUUGUGGUGACACCUCGGAUAACGGCCAUCUUCCCAGCACACGGGUCUGCUUGUGGUGGGACAGUGCUCACAGUGAGGGGGUUGGCUCUCAACUCUAGGAGGAGGUCAGUUCAGGUGGACCUUUCGGGUCCUUUUACUUGUGUGAUUUUGAGCUUGGGGGACCAGACAGUCCUCUGCCAGAUUCACCUGGUGGGUGACUCCUUGCCUGGCGCUUCCUUCACCCUGAACGUCACAGUCCUGGUCAAUGGGCUCCCCAGCAAGUGUCAGGGGGAUUGUGCUCUUUUCUUGAGGGAAGAGACAACUCCCAUUGUGGACUCCUUGGCCACUAACAUCAGUGGGUCUCUGACCACAGUGAUGAUUAGGGGUCAGAGGUUAGGCACCACCACUGAUGAGCCAGUGGUGUUUGUGGAUGAUCAUCUUCUUUGCAAUGUAACUUUCUUUAAUGCAAGCCACGUGGCAUGCUGGAUGAGUGACUUGACCCCAGGACCUCACUACCUAUCAGUUUUUCAUACAAGAAAUGGAUAUGCUUGUUCUGGUAACGUUUCCAGACACUUCAACAUUUUGCCUCAAGUGUUUCGUUAUUUCCCCAAGAAUUUCAGCAUACAUGGUGGGAGCCUCUUGACCAUGGAAGGCACAGCCCUGAGAGGAAGGAACACCACGGUAGUCUACGUUGGCGAGCUGGCCUGCCUGUUGGUGAACAUCAGCUCUGAGCUCAUCCGGUGCAUUGUUCCCGCAGGGAACGGCACUGUGGCCCUGAACAUAGAGGUGGAUGGACUUUCAUAUCAGAUGGGAGUCAUUGGUUACAGCCAUGCCUUCACCCCAGAAUUGCUCUCUAUUUCUCAGACGGAUGACUUCUUAACCUUUACAGUGGCCCAGAUCUCAGGAGCUGUGAAUGUUGACGUUUUAAUCGGGAUGUCACCCUGUAGGGGUGUCUCUGGCAACUGUACUGUUCUCCAGUGUGUGGUCCCCUCCCUUCCUGCUGGGGAGUACCAAGUCAGAGGUUACGACCGCAAGAGAGGGUGGGCCUCGUCUGAGCUGGUGUUCACGUCCAGAGUUACUAUUACGACAGUGACUGAGAACUUUGGCUGCCUGGGUGGAAGGCUCGUGCACGUGUUUGGAGCAGGAUUUUCUCCAGAGAACAUCUCAGCUGCCGUGUGUGGUGCUCCCUGCCAGGUCUUGGCUAACGCUACAGCAUCUGCCUUCAGCUGCUUGGUUAUGCCCCUGGAUGUGUCCUUGGCUUUCCUGUGUGGCCUGAAGCACAAGGAGGAGAGCUGUGAAGCCUCCAGCCCCACCUAUGUGCAGUGUGAUUUGACGGUCACCAUGGGGACAGAGAGACUGCUCCGAUCAUGGCCUUACCUCUACAUUUGUGAAGAAAGUUCCCGAUGCCUCUUUGCACCAGGUCAUUGGACAGAGUCAGUCUCUCCAUGGUUCUCAGGCCUCUUCCUCAGCCCUAAAGUGGAAAGAGAUGAAGUUCUCAUCUAUAAUAGCUCCUGUAACAUUACCAUGGAAACUGAGGCAAAGAUGGAGUGUGAGAGCCCUAAUCAGCCAAUUACCGCCAAGAUUACUGAGAUACGAGAAAGCCGGGGCCAGAACACUCAGGGCACCUUCUCCUUUCAGUUCUGCCGGAGGUGGUCGAGGGCUCACAGCUGGUUUCCUGCAAGAGUGCCACAAGAUGGCGACAAUGUCACGGUGGAGAAAGGCCAGUUGCUCCAGCUAGACACCAACACGAGCAUCCUCAACUUACUGCACAUUAAAGGAGGCAAGCUGAUUUUCAUGGAUCCGGGACCUGUCGAGCUCAGGGCACACUCCAUCCUUGUUUCUGAUGGUGGAGAGCUCCGGAUUGGAUCCAAGGACAAGCCCUUCCAAGGCAAAGCUGAGAUCAAACUCUAUGGCAGUUCCCACUCUACCCCCUUCUUUCCUUACGGUGUCAAGUUCCUGGCUGUGAGGAAUGGAACUCUUUCCCUGCAUGGUUUGCUACCAGAAGUAACUGUCACCCAUCUUCGAGCAGCUGCCUAUGCCCGUGACACAGUGUUGGCUCUAGAAGAUGCUGUGGACUGGCACCCUGGGGAUGAAGUUGUCAUCAUCAGUGGGAUAGGUGUCGAAGGUUCCAAACCCACAGAAGAGGUUGUCAUCGUGGAAACUGUGCACGAUGCAGACCUCCAUCUGAGGUCGCCCUUGAGGUAUUCUCACAACUUCACGGAGAAUUGGGUGGCUGGAGAGCACUAUAUUCUGAAGGUCACAGUGGCCCUCCUCAGCAGGAGUAUUACCAUACGAGGAAAUCUCACUAACGAGAGGAUGAAGUUCCUUGCUUCAUGCCAGGAGGCCAAUGCUUCAGAAGGUAAUUUGCAGAAUUGUUUAUAUUCCAAGAGUGAGAAGAUGCUGGGGUCCAGGGAUCUGGGGGCCAGAGUCAUCAUUCAGUCCUUCCCAGAGGAGCCCAGCCAAGUCCAGUUGAAGGGAGUGCAAUUCCGGGACUUGGGGCAAGCCUUCCAUAAGCAUCUGAGCUCGCUGACUCUGGUGGGAGCUAUGAAAGAUUCCUAUGUACACGGCUGCACAGUGUGGGGCUCCUUCAGCAGAGGCCUCAGCAUGUCCGGAACCUUGGGCCUGAAGGUGAACAGUAACGUGUUCUACGAUGUUUUAGGCCAUGCCCUGCUCGUGGACUGGUCAGAACAGGGAAGUACAAUAAGAAACAAUGUGAUCAUCAGUGUUUCUGGCGUCGAGGGACUCUCCAGUGCAGAAGUGUUGACACCGGCUGGUAUCUACAUCCGCAAUCCCACCAUUGUUGCAGAGGGGAACAGAGUGUGUGCUGCUGGUUAUGGCUACUUUUUUCAUCUUGUGACCAGCCAAACGUCACGAGCUCCACUUCUCUCCUUCACUGGGAAUAGUGCACAUUCUUGUACAAGGUAUGGUCUCUUUGUAUACCCUAAGUUUCAGCCACCUUGGGAUAAUGGUACUGGCCCCACAGUAUUCCAGAACUUCACGGUUUGGGGAGGUACAGGUGGUGCUCAGAUUUUUAGAAGUAGCAAUCUUCUCCUGAAAAAUUUCCAAGUUUAUUCAUGCAGAGAUUUUGGAAUUGACAUCUUGGAAAGUGAUGCAAACACUUCAGUUGCUGACAGCUUAUUACUUGGUCAUUUUGCCCACAAGGGAAGCCUGUGUAUGUCAGCUGGGAUCAAAACUCCCAAAAGAUGGGAACUGACAGUAUCUAACACAACCUUUGUUAACUUUGAUCUCACUGACUGUGUGGCCAUCAGGACCUGUUCGGGCUGUUCCCCAGGACAGGGUGGAUUUACUGUGAAGACCAGUCAGUUGAAGUUUAGAAACUCUCCAAACUUAGUAGUAUUUCCAUUUCCUCAUGCAGCAGUUUUGGAAGACUUGGAUGGGUCUCUGUCUGGGAAAAAUAGAAGUCACAUUCUUGCUGCCAUGGAAACACUUUCAGCUUCUUGUUGGGUCAAUACCAGCUUUGGUCAGGUUGUCCCUGGCAGCGUCUGUGGGGAAGAUGUUCUCUUUCAUCGCAUGUCUAUUGGUUUAGCUAAUGCUCCGGAUGUUUCUUAUGAUUUAACUGUGACUGACAGCAGAAAUAAGACAACCACUGUCAAUUAUGUGUGGGACACAUUGUCUAACCAUCAUGGCUGGAUGGCUCUGCUCUUGGAUCAAGAGACAUACUCACUGCGGUUUGAGACCCCUUGGAUCAACAGAUCUCUGCAGUACUCAGCAACAUUUGACAACUUUGCUCCUGGGAAUUAUCUCCUGCUGAUGCACACAGGCGUGUGGCCUUACCCUGACGUCUUCAUAAAGUGUGGGAGUCAAGUGGGGCAGUCCCUUCCAUCUCUUCCAUCACCUGGUCAGGACCAAGGCUGUGACUGGUUCUUCGAUAACCAGUUGAGGCAACUCACCUAUCUGGUUUCAGGUGAAGGCCAAGUUCGAGUGAUUCUCCAUGUGAAGGAAGGUGUGCCCCCAACUAUUUCAGCUUCUACCUCUGUACCUGAGUCAGCGUUAAAAUGGUCCUUUCCUGAAGCAUGGGCAGGAGUUGGAGAGGGCUGGGGAGGACACAACCAUACCACUCCAGGCCCUGGGGAUGACGUCCUGAUUCUACCCAACAGGACUGUCCUGGUGGAUACAGAUCUUCCAUUCCUCAAAGGCCUCUAUGUGAUGGGGACUUUAGAAUUCCCUGUGGACAGAAGCAACAUUCUGAGUGUGGCGUGCAUGGUCAUUGCAGGCGGGGAGCUGAAAGUUGGUACUUUAGAAAAUCCCUUAGAAAAAGAACAAACGCUUCUGAUUCUCCUUAGAGCCUCAGAGGGAGUCUUCUGUGACCGUUUCAGUGGAAUUCGUAUUGAUCCAGGAACAAUUGGGGUUUAUGGGAAAGUUCAGCUUCACAGUGCUUAUCCUAAGAAAUCCUGGACACAUCUUGGGGCUGACAUCGCAUCAGGCAAUGAGAGAAUUAUAGUAGAGGACAAAGUGGAUUGGCAACCCCAUGACAAAAUUGUCCUCAGCUCCUCUUCUUAUGAGCCUCACGAAACAGAGGUCCUCACCGUGAAAGAAGUCAAGGGCCACCAUGUUAGUCUCCAUGAACGGCUCAAACACCGGCACAUUGGAAGUGUCCAUGUCAUGGAGGAUGGCCGAUACAUUCCUUUGGCUGCUGAGGUUGGACUUUUGACCCGAAAUAUACGAAUCCAGCCUGAUAUAUCAUGUAAGGGGAGACUACUUGUGGGGUACUUCAGGAAAUCCAGCAGAGAAGAAUUUUCAGGUGUCCUUCAACUUUCAAAUGUGGAAAUUCAGAACUUUGGGUCGCCAUUUUAUUCAUCCAUUGAACUCAUUAAUGUGUCAGCAGGAUCCUGGAUUGUAUCUUCCACUCUGCACCAAAGCUGCGGUGGGGGCAUUCAUGCAGUUGCCAGUCAUGGGGUCAUUUUAAAUGACAGUAUAGUGUUUGGCACUGCUGGUCAUGGCAUUGAUUUGGUGGGUCAGGGCUAUUCUCUCUCUAAUAACCUUGUGGUUCUGAUGACACAGUCAGCACAGUCCACUGUUUGGGUGGCAGGAAUCAAAGUGAACCAGGCAAAAGACAUCAACCUCCGUGGCAACGUUGUGGCAGGAUCAGAGAGACUUGGCUUUCACAUCCGAGGCCACAGGUGUUCCUCUCCUGAAGCUCUUUGGUCUGCCAAUGUGGCCCACUCAAGCCUUCAUGGCCUUCAUCUCUAUAAGGAAAGUGGACUUGACAACUGUACUGGUAUCUCUGGCUUUUUGGCUUUCAAGAACUUUGACUAUGGUGCCAUGCUACAUGUGGAGAACAGUGUGGAGAUGGAGAACAUCACUCUGGUAGACAAUGCUGUUGGUCUUUUAGCGGUAGUAUAUGUGUCUUCUGUUCCACAGAGUUCCAUCAGUAAUGUACAGAUUGUGCUUAAGAAUUCAGUCAUUGUGGCCACUAGCUCCUCUUUUGACUGCAUUCAGGACAGAAUUAAGCCUUCCUCUGCCAACUCGACAUCAACAGAUCGAGCUCCCUCCAACCCAAAAGGGGGUCGAGUUGGUAUUCUGUGGCCUGUAUUCACCUCAGAACAAAAUCGCUGGCCUCAGGAACCAUGGCACAAAGUGAGGAAUGGCCAUUCAGUUUCAGGAAUCAUGAAACUUCAAGGUGUCACGUUUUCUGGUUUUGUGAAGAGUUGCUAUAGCGAUGACCUAGAUGUCUGCAUUCUGCCCAAUGCAGAGAACACAGGAAUCAUGCAUCCAAUAACAGCAGAGAGGACCAGGAUGCUAAAGAUCAAAGAUAAAAACAAGUUCUACUUUCCUGCUUUACAAACCAGGAAAGAUUUAGGAAUACUGGUCUGCCCUGAAUCAGACUGUGAAAGUCCAAGAAAAUAUCUCUUUAAGGAUCUGGAUGGGAGAGCCCUGGCUCUACCUCCACCAGUUUCUGUAUUUCCCAAAAUCGAGGCCGAGUGGACUGGAUCCUUCUUCAACACAGGUUGGUUAUAUCUGAACGCGAUGCCUGCAGUAGAGAGGGCGUGUGUGUGA